AUGGGAGGAGAGGUCCUUGGUGCUGUGAAGUUGAGACACAGCUCAGAGAGGAUAUCCUCACAGGAUGAAGAGGCUUCCAUGAGACUGAUAAAGACAGCAGUCACUACCACAAACCACCUAGAAGAGGAAGAAACAGAUAGAAAACUUCAAGCAAAAUGUCACAGAAUUGUCUUCCCUGAGUCUCAUGCUAGGUGUUGCUGCUGCUAUGGAGUGAUCAUAGUCCUCACUGUAGCUGUAGUUGCUCUUUCUGCUGCUUUGUCAGGUAAAAAGACAGAACAGAUCUCAAUCAAAAAUAAUACCUAUGCUGCUUGCCAAAGCAACUGGAUUGGAGUUGGAAAUAAAUGUUUCUACUUUUCUGGAUACUCAAGUAACUGGACAUCCAGCCAGGACUCCUGCAUGGCACAAGGGGCCCAGCUAGCUCGAAUUGACAGCCUGGAGGAGCUGAAUGUCCUAAGGAGAUACAAUAGGUCAUCUAGCUACUGGAUUGGCCUGCACAGAGAGUCCUCAGAACAUCCUUGGAGGUGGACAGAUAACACUGAGUAUAACAACUGGGUUCCUGUCCUGGGAAAUGGAGAGUAUGCCUACUUCAGUAGGAGGAGGAUCAGCAGUGGCAGGGGCUACAUACCUAGAAAGUGGAUUUGUAGCAAGUGCAGAAGCACCUUACAGUGCUAG